AAUUUUACAUAACACAAAAGCUUUCUUUCUUUUUGGAUCAGAGUGUCAUGUACUCUAGGCUGCUGACAUGCAGCAGGAGAGGUUACUCAAAGUCCUUGUCAUUGGAGAUUUAGGUGUGGGGAAGACUUCCAUCAUAAAGCGUUAUGUACAUCAGAUUUUUUCUCAACAUUACCGCGCGACUAUCGGUGUUGACUUUGCUCUGAAAGUCCUGAAUUGGGAUCACCAGACAGUCAUUCGACUGCAGUUGUGGGACAUCGCAGGACAAGAAAGGUAUGGCAACAUGACACGUGUGUACUACAGAGAGGCUGUUGGGGCGCUGGUGGUUUUUGACAUGACUCGUGCUUCCACCUUCCAAGCUGUGUUGAAAUGGAAAAAAGAUCUUGAUUCUAAAGUCGCCCUUGGCAAUGGGCGUCCCCUACCAGCUGUCCUGCUGGCCAACAAGUGCGACCAACAGAGACAUGGUUUGUGUUCCAAACUGCCCAAACUCGACAAUUUCUCCAGGGACCAUGGUUUUGUGGGCUGGUAUGAGACGUCUGCAAAGGACAAUACAAACAUCGAUGCAGCCAUCAUGUGUCUUGUAGAAAACAUAAUGGCCAUUGACACGGAGGCUGUUCCUGUGGAAUCAGACCCUAGUGUACUGAUCCUCCCUGCUUUUGAUUAUAACCUAAAAGAGCGCAGUGACUCUAGUUGUUCUGUCUGUACAACAUUCCAGUCCAGCAGAAAACCCCACAGUGAAUUAUAGGGUGAAAAGAUGAAAAGAACACUGAACAGAGUGGGAAAGAAAAAUAUAGAGAGAAAAAUAGAGAAUGGUCACACCCUUAGUUGGGCCUUCAGAUUGAGCUGAUGUAAGAUGUCGUGGCAAAGACAAGACCAUGAAGCCUUAAAACUUACAUGCACUUACAUUUACACAUACCAAAAACAACAGUCAUCAAUAGAACAUGCCGCGUUUACUGAGUUUUCUCUGAUAAAUACU